CCCAAACAAGGAACCAAAAAGGAAAAAAAAUGGCAGAGACUUCUCUUUUCCUGGUUUCGAUCUUCCUCCUCUUUGUGGUUCUCUCAUCUGCAAAUUUCUCUCAAAACCCUAACCCUAAUCCUAAUCCUACGUUGUCGCCGGCACAUGACCAGCUGAUGAAGUAUGGGUUCCCUGUUGGACUGCUUCCUACUAAUGUCUUUGAUUAUACACUCAAUCGGAUCUCCGGUGAUUUCACUGUGAAACUUGGUGAUCACUGUAAAAUUACCCUCCCUCCGGAUAACUACCUUGCUACCUACUCAAAGAAGAUUACGGGGAAGCUUGUUGAAGGUCGGAUCGCAGAGCUAGACGGGAUCCGUGUUCGUGCUUUCUUCAAGUGGUGGUCUAUCACAGGGAUUCGGUCCAGCGGUGAGGACUUGGUGUUUGAAGUUGGAAUGGUUACUGCCAAGUACCCUUCCAAGAAUUUCGACGAGAGCCCUGCCUGUGAGGGUCAGCGUUCAUCGUCUUGAUUCUUCUCACUCAGCUUCCAUUGCUUAUGUUUAUUGAUAAGAUCACGCAGUAGUUUUAUGUAUAAACCAAGGUACUUAGAAGAUGAUAUGUACUACAUGAAUUAUAGACUGUAAUGUAAUCUUGCAUUUUUUUUGUAAUUUUUUUUUUAAUAUGCCACACAUUUCUAUCUUAAGGAAGUAUUAUAUAAUUCCCGUAGUCUAGCAUUUCUGA